AUGUCAUCUCCGGCCGAGCUCCACUACUCUCAGGCGGACUUCUUGGCCCGGUGGAUGCCAAGUAGCACCAGAGCCGGGGUGAUCCUCAACCCCUCCCCUGACUUGGCUGGCCCCCUGCGGCAUGUCUCUGCCGUGGGAUCCCCUCCCCUGAAGCCAGAUGACUCUUUCGCCUCAGACUUCGCCCCUUUGCCCGCCUCUGCAGACAGCAGCUGCCUCGGCGUGGAUGGAUUUGCACGGUCACUUGGAGAGGAGAGGGCUGGAGUUGACAGGCCGGUGAACGGUCUAGUCUACGUCCCAACGACAAAUACAGAUGGACAGCUGAACAGUUUGGAUGAGAUUGCAGGAAAAUCACAGGAUCUGCCUCUUAAUAUGAAGCUAGAACAGUUGAGAAAGUGGCAGCAGCACAUGCAGGAGCAGCUAAAAGCUCAUCAGUUGGAGGAGCUGCUUCGCCUCCAGGAGGAGCAGCAGAGGCUACUGGGAAUCAUGAAUGGAUCCCAGCACUGCGUGGGAGAAUAUGCAGAGAGUUCAGGGGCGUUGGGAGCAGAAUGGGGCGAGGACACUCUCCACAGGACUUCUCAUUACGGAGAAAGUUCUUCCAGCUCCAAUAUGAGCUGCCAUGGGGUCACACAGGGCCUCCGACAGGAACAACAGCCUUUACCAAGAGGCAGACAGGAGCAGCUACUUAAACAUCAAGGUCAUGUGGAGGUUGAAGAUGAGGAAGAAGGCAUGUGGAACUCCAGAGAAGAUGAUGAGGAGCAGAGUGUCGAUUCUGGCCAUUUUCCCGAGGACAAUGACAUGUUAAUACAACAUAAUGGUGUGACUACAACUGAUGACAACAGCAGAAGAGAAGAUAAAGUCUCCCAUGACAGACCUAUAAGACCAGGUAUUGGGGGUCAGAAGCAGACGUUUGAGGAGUUGUUGGAGGAGCAACUGUGGCUGGAGGAGCAGAGGCUGAAGUCUGUCCAGCAACAAAAGAGCCCAGAUGAAGCUGAAGCUGCACAGGCCCCUCCCAAGAGGGCCUUUCUGAAGCGAGGCGAGGGGCUUUCUAGGUUUACUAACAAUCCCAAGGCUCCAUUACAUAAAAUAGAGGUGAAGAACGAUCCCAAACCUCAACCCCGGGCCAAAGUAAUGUCGCGCAGUAACUCAGAGCCUGCAUCUAUCCAGAAAAGUAGUGCAAAUGGUGUCCCACGGCUUCCUGUCCAGCGUAAAACUGCUACACUCAACAAGGAAAACCGACUGAGGGGACUCAGUUCACCACCUCAGGACAUGAGAGCAGAGAGUAAGGCAGCACGGACAAAGGUUUUGGGGAGUUAUCAGAGACAGAACACAGAAGGAACGGAGUCUAUUCCGACUGACCCAGACAUCAGACAAACCAAACAACAUCAACUUUGGCAAGGAAAGGAGCAGAAUAACAGGAAAGUGCGUCUUUCAGUUCAGACCACAAAGAACUCUUUUCACAACAUGCAGCCAAACCCUGUAACCAAACAGCUGGGCAUGUUAGGAGGGCCAGGAAAGGCUGAAAAUGAUGCCACUAAAGAGAAAAGUUAUGCUUCAAAAGUGAAAUCAGCUCAAGAAAGAGCGGGAACAGAAGGAGGAGAUGGAGCUCCACAGGAUUCCUUUGAGUUAUCAUUCCAGGAGAAACUCCAUCACUGGGAGUGCAACCAGCACCUGGAAAACAUGGAGCUUGGAGAGUUUGAGCUGCUGGAACAAGCAGCUGAAGAGCUGUCCUUCUCAUCCAACUCCUCGUUUGUCAUGAAGGUUCUUCAGAUGGACCAGCAUCAAAGGCAGCUGCAGGCAGCCAGGGGGCUCCAUCAGCGGCGGCUCUCCUCCACCCCCAUCAAGUCACCUCCCAGGGAUGCACUUCGAAGGUGCAGCAGUGUUGGAUCCAGUAAAAACAGUUCUGUGAUCUCAGAAGGAUUUGUGGAAACGAUAAGAGAUGAUGCACUGAAGGCCAGAGUGAGCAGUGGGGAUAAGGAGAGAGAGGGAGAAGACAAGCGUAAGAUCUCUGACAUGUCAUCCUGCAGUGGUUCUGAAUUUGGAGACCAGGAAGUCGUGGUCAAAAGCAGCUGUUGCUUCCCUGCACCAACGAACCCACCAUAUGACAAACGGUCUUAUCAAGACGAGGACAUUUCCAGGGAUUUGGCUUCUGAUGUGGCACAAGAAGAGGAUCAGCAGAGCGACGUCAGCAAUGAUGACGACUCCACUGUGAUCGAGGACAAAGACAGCCAGCAGCAGAGAGUUGUGUUUGACGAUGACGACACGUGGAAUGACCUGGAGGACACCGCCAUCGGCACAGCCAAUCAGAGUACUGAAGUUAGUCCAGUUUCCAAGCCAGCAGCCAACAGAGUUUCACCACCGGAGAGGACCUUGUUGAGGAAGGUAGCAGUGAGCAAAGUUGUGGAGCUGCAUAAAGGUCCAGUCAACCUGGAGCCCGAUCCUCCUCCUGCCUCCCAGCUCAUGACCAGGUUGUUCCCCUCGCUGAAGCCAAAAGCCCAGAAUGCACCUGGUCCUCCUCCACCUGCUGCUUCUGUUGCUUCUGAGUUCAAAAAGCCAGAGGAGGAGACAGUCCAACAGGUCCAGUCGAGACAGCUGCGAGAGAGACUGGUGGAGCUGGAGAUUGAGAUCGAGAGAUUUAAGAAGGAGAACGCUGCGCUCACUAAACUCCGGCAGGAGAAUGAAAAGAAUCAGGAAAAUCUCAGAAAAGAGCGUUUGGCGUUUGAGCAGACCAAAGCCGAGGAGCUGGCAAAGUUUGAGGAAUACAAGAAAGACGAGAACAAGAAGCUGCAGAAGGAGCGCAAACUGUUUGAGAAGCAUGCGUUAGCUGCCAGAGCCGUGCCCGACAAGAAGGAGCGAGAGGAAAUCCAGGUGCUGAAGCAGCAGCUGAGCUCCCUGCAGGAGGAGUUGAGGCGAAGGGAGAGUCGGUGGACGUCAACACACAGCCGACUGAGACAACAGGUCGACUCCCUCAGCCAGGAGAACGCUUCUCUUCGGGACGAGAUCCGCAUGUUGGAAAAGCUCCGCCUCAGCACCUUGAAGAAAAACCCUGUCGCUGCACCGAAGGAAACAGAAACAAAAGAGGGUCUGAAAAUCUCUGAGAAUAAUGUGUCGUCUGUGUCCAAAGGAGUGACGUUUGCAAGUCCUCUUGACUCCAGAGGAAGCAGCAGCAGCAGCAGCCCUCCACAGAGCAGCGCUGCAGCAGCCACAAGAAGGAACACCAUUGAGGGCAGCCAGAGCGUUGCAGCGAUGAAGAGCAGCCUGAGGAGGCCAUCGGGGCAAAGCUCCUCCUCAUCCUCCUCGUUGCCCGUCAGGAGGACAGAGGAGAGGUCGGCAGCUGCCAGCAAGAGCCAAGAAAAAUCACCAAACCAGGAACACUUCGACAACGGCUCUCCGAAACGAGAUUCUCCACAAAAACAACCUGAGUGCAAUGAAGCCAAUGAGCCAGAAUCAGCCCAGGAGGUCAUAACACACCCUGAUGGCAAGAUAGAGAAGGUUCUGGUCAGUGGCGAUCGCCUUAUUGUCUUCCCCAACGGGACGAGGAAGGAGGUUUCCGCUGACGGACUUGACGGCACGAAAGAGAUCCACUUCAACACGGGCCAGAAGGAGAUUCACACGGCUGACUACAAGAGGAGAGAGUAUCCAGACGGCACCGUGAAGACUGUCUACAGUGACGGCAGACAAGAAACCCGCUACCCCACUGGACGGCUCAGGAUCAAGGACAAAGACGGCAACGUCAUCCUGGACAACGGGGCGUAGAAACACAGUGCUUAAAAAUUGCAAACACUUUUAUUUUGGGUCCCAAGACACAAAAAAGGCUCCAGAAGGUCAGAGAUGGAGACCGGUUAUGUAGGUGAGAAGAUUGACCCUGGUACUCGUUUGAGGGGCUGAUAGGUGGAUUUUUCACUGUUUGCAGUCUUGAUGCUAAGCUAAGCAGCUGCUGGUUGCAGCUUCAUAUUUAGCAUACAAACACAGAAGUGGUGACAGGAAUGUUAUUUCCUAAAAUCUCAAAUGGUUCCUUAAACACUUCAAACGCAGCUGGCUGUCCAUAUAAUUUGGAGGAUGUCUUAAGUAUUUUUAUUAGUUUUUUGCAUUUGAAAGUGCUGGUUAGAUGGUAGCAACAUUACAUGCAUCAACAGUGUCCUUAUUUCCUUAAAUGAACACUACAUAGCUUAACUCGACACUUC